AUGGAGCAGUCGCAGCCUCCUGCGAAAUUGCCUGCCCCUACUGAACAGAGCCUUUUCGCCAAUGAGGUUCAGGGUGUUGUUAGUGGUGGAAAUUCCGCCGUACAGUUUGUGUCCACUAAUCUGUGGAUGCGUCGAUUAUCUUCAGUGCUUGUUCUUAUUGUUUUUGUCUUUUUUAUCGCCAGCUCUUCGAGGACGUUGUGGACCGAUGUAUUUGUUUACCACCCGAUAUUGAUGUCCAUUGCCUUUUUUGUCAUUGUUCCGGAGUUGCUCUGCUCCAUUGCUGCCCUCCAGGGCUACCUGCGGGAAUUGCGACCGAGACAUGAUGUGCUGCUGUUUCAUCGCCGUUGUGCACUUGCCUUAAAAGUUGUCAGCGCGGUUGGGAUCGUUGCGACGGAGUGGAGUAAAUUUCAACGAUCCAAAAUGCACUUUGUGACCUGGCACGCUCGCAUUGGUGGUGUGUGUGAGCUUUCACAGGUGAUGGAGGUUUUGAUUGGUCUCAUCAUAUACUACGGCAUUCUGGAUCACCGCCUUACCAUCUCGCAACGUGCAAGACUUCGCCUAGCUCACCGUUGCCUUGGUGUCACAGUGGUUGUGACAGGUGCGAUCUCCAUGGCACUUGGUAUGCUCUCGCACUUUGCUCUGAGGGCCUUUGGGAUGUUAUUUCUUCGGCUGGUGUUCGCCGUUUUACCAAGUACUUUUGCCAUUUGGGGCUAUUUUGGAUCCUACUAG